CUGUGCGAAUUAAUCAACUGCAUAAUUAUAUAUAAGUACAGUUUGUGUUGCGAGUACAGUUCAUGAAUAUUCUCAAAGAUAAGACACUGUGCACAAUUCUAUUGCAAUAUCAUAACUCUCAUCAUUCUUUUCCAGCUCAAAGUACUGCACAUGCUUAUAACAACGUCAACCAGUUUAGUUUCCCUCCAAUGAACAGCCAUCACAGUCAAGGCAACACUGUAUCCACGGCCUAUGGUUACCAUGGUAACAGUAUGUCCACCAACAACGGUAACCAAGCUCAAGCACCUGCACCAGCUUAUCCCACGAUGAAUACCAACGCUUACCCAAUGUCAAACAACUACGCCUACCAAGCGAAUGAUUACAAUGGUUACCAAAGCAACGUCGCAUCCACUCAAAAUGGUUACCAGAGCAACACCAACAACGUCAACUCUUACAUGCUUCCAAUGAUGAUGGGUAUGGACCAAGAAAGUCACAUGGCAACUCUCGGAAUGAUGAUGAACUCGAGGCAGGGCAACAACAUGCUCCCCUUCUACAUGAUGAACCAAGGGUAUGAGAACAUGCUGCCCAUGAUGGCCUUCAUGAACCGCGGGAACCAGAGAGGCCAGAGGAUGAACCCCUUCAUGAUGAUGACUCUUCAUGAAGCGAUGAACUAAAGAAUUGACUAAACUGUGGUGUAAUAUUUGAGUGAAUGCGAGAGGUUGAAUAUUUAUGUAUGUUGGUUAGAUGGUAUCCCGUGAUGCACUCUCAAAGCGUUGAUAUCACGAACUAUUU